AUAAUACAGAGAGCUAUUGCACCAGUUGUUACUAAUUGUUAGCGCGACGUCCCUGAAAAAGCCAAUAAGUACAACGAUAGACUCACGAAAUCUGUUAACAAGUAGGUGGAUCGGUAUUGAAGUGUCGGUGUUCUCACCUGUGAUGGACGUGGUCGUCCCUGUCUGCCAUUGCCGACAUAUAUUAUCACUAAAAGCAAAGAAAACUUAAGCUAGUCGUGGUCCGUAAAAGCGUAGUCCACAAUGCUCAAGAAUAAAAAAGAAAUACCUAAAGGCGAAGGGGCUUAUUAUUAGACUAUCAUCUCUCACAAAUGGCCAGAAACCCGCCGGGAAAAAUCUAGAGCAAGGAAGCACUUCAAUUCCGUGCAAGACACGCAAACGAGUCAACUGGUGAUAGUUUGUUGUGCCAGCGCACAUAGACACGCAAAUCCGUUUGGAUUUUCCGACGCCCGUUCGCAUUUUCUCUACGGCGGAAUAAACAGUUGCGUGCACGUGCAUGCUAUAUUUGAGUUCGACGAACACGAGUCGCGCGGCGGCUCGUUGUAGAUACUGAAAGUGCAGCUCCGCUUGGCACGGGCUUUUUCCCCAAGCAGCUACAACUAGCAUAAGAAAGCCUGACGACGGACGCUUCACCACCGAUUUGUUGACGCACUGAAAGGCAACUUCGGAAUUCUUGCCCGAAGUAGAACAAGGCAACGGCAGAAUUACUCACCGAACAAUAAGGCAAGUGCAACUUCGAAACUACAGCGCGUACACAAAGAUGUCGGGAACUUGGAAAACAAAGGAAGUCCUUAUAGACGGAAAGAUAGUCUAUGAGGUUCCAGAACACCUCGAGCUUAUCAAGAAGGUAAUGCUCGGUGUAGAAUCAGAACAUAGCUAUUUAUCGGAGGAGGGUACUUAGAUGCUUUUUGAAUCUAAUGUUGUGACACAGCUUAAAAAUGAUGCAAGCGUUGGAGAAGCUAAAAUAUUCAUUGGCCAAUGAUGAAUUAGCUACCACGUCCUGACUUAUCACCUUCAGGUCGGAUCAGGGGCUUAUGGAUGCGUCGCAUCAUUCAUGGACAGCAAGCGGAAGGAAAAAGUUGCGAUAAAAAAGAUAACAAACGCUUUCGCUGAUCUCAUCGACGGAAAACGAAUACUACGCGAGAUAAAACUCCUGUCGCAUUUCAAGCACGAUAACAUCAUCCAGAUUCUGGUAUUUUAGUCCAGUAGUGUUUUUAAGAAGUGCGUUCUUGUUCGCAGAUCAUGUUUGAUUUUAAUGCAGAAAGAUGACUCAGAGUCUUCGAGUACAUGGUGAUAUUUUUUUGUGCCUAGAUCCCGCCCAGCAUUCUUGCUAGAUUACACAAACAUCUUACAGGACAUAUUUCCACCAAAGUCACGAGACUUCGAGGAUAUCUACAUCGUCACAGACUUGAUGGAGACGGAUUUGCACCGAGUUAUCUACUCCAAACAAGCACUUACUGAGGAGCACGCGCAAUACUUCAUUUAUCAGGUACUACAUGUAGAUGUGCCUAUUGAUGUAGUCCAUGGGAGUAAUUACCGUAGAAGUGGCGAUGGAUUAGUGUUAAUCAUACAGUUUCUUGAUCUUCAUUUUGAGUUUGUUGGUCCUUUCUAUCAGGAGAGGGUAACGGAAAUUACAUCUGUGGCAGAAAUUCUGUAGAAAAAGGCAACAUACAUCUCAAACUCAUCUGCGAAAUCCAAAGGAUCAAAUCAAUCAGAAAAACUUUUUUACCAGGUUCUCCGCGGCCUCUACUACUUGCAGUCAUGUAACGUUGUUCACAGGGAUUUGAAGCCAAGCAAUUUGCUGGUAAACAAAAACUGUGACCUCAAGAUUUGCGAUUUUGGUCUCGCACGUGGCAUGAGCGAGGAUGAGGAUGAUCCAGGUGCUUUCUUUGUUAUUUUUUUAUGUCAGCAUUAGGGUCUGCCCUGCUUAGAUUUAGGCCGCUAUGAAGCAUGUCAGUUUCACACUUCAAUCGGCUAACAAACUGUAAUACAUUAUUUUUUUUAUCUCAGCAAGACAACGAAGGGCGGAGGACGAGUCGUUCUACCACACAACAUUUCUACUCAUCAAGGGAAAAUAUUACUUUUUUUUCUCAUUCUUGUUGAUUCAGGUCUAACGGAUUAUGUUGUGACUCGGUGGUAUCGAGCUCCUGAGGUGGUUUUGGCAGCCUCAGCUUACAGCGAGAAGAUCGAUGUGUGGAGUGUAGGGUGUAUAUUAUUCGAGAUUCUUGCAAGGAAACCACUUUUCACCGGCAAAGAUCACUUGGACCAGAUUAGGAAGAUAAUAGAAAAAUGCGGCACACCACAAGAAAAAGACUUGGGCUGGAUUCCAGAAAAGGUAAUUUUUCAUACCAGGGAUGGGCACGUGUAAUUUCUUCUGUCGACAAACAGUUGUUUCGGGAUGUUCUCUUCGAUACCUCCUGAGAGAAUAGAAAUAAUUUAGUAAAUGCAUGUCGACCAAAUACAUGAAUAUCAUGUUGAUCAUGACCAAGAAGACCAUCUUAGAUGAUUAAGAUGAAUCACGACACCAAAAACAUCCUCUAGCUACUUACAUGACCAACAUGAUGACCAUUAGAUUAUUAUCCAUUUAUUUUGCAGGGGCCGAGUCGAAAGUUUUUGAAUAAGUGUCCCCACUCGCCGGGUAUCAGAAUGCAAGAGUUAUUGCCGAAUGUUACGGAAACAACUAUCGAUUUUAUCAAGCGCCUCCUUACCUUCGACCCAACGCAAAGAAUAGCAAUUGCGGUAAGCAGUUAUAGCUGGUGUUUAUGGAUGAGGGCAGUUCCAUAUGGAUGAAUUCAAUAAGUAAGUACAUCACAUCAUUUAUCUUCUGAGUGAAGAAUCAACAUGGAGAAAAUUCAUGCAAAUCUGUACGACAAUUUUGUUGUUGUAGAAAAGUGACAAUCUUCUUGAUCAACAGGAUUGCAUGCAGCAUCCGUAUAUCAAGGACCCCGACUAUCCAGAGGAAGAACCAACCGGCCCAAAGGUAGACUGGAAGUGGGACGCAUUUGAACCGACAAAACCCUUGCUGCAAAAGUUUGUCUACGCCGAAGCCGGAAAGUUUCAUCCGGAAAUCUUGAACGCAUGAUAGCGGAAAAUACGGCAGUUGCAGUUUCCCCUUCCCUCUUUCUCUUUUUUCUUCUCCCCUCCGUCCCCGCAUGUCCUUAGAUUCUGAUUCAUGUCCUUCAGGAGGAUUUAUGUUGUGUAGUCUUAGCACUUACUCUACUUCUUCGUUUUUGUUUUUACAUAUCCUCCUUUGAUCAUGUUCCCGGCAACAAGUUGGGCUGGACGCGAUGGAGUGCUCAUCUCAUGACUUCUUCACUGACUAGUAUCUAUAAGUAAUGAAGCUCCUUGUUCUAGUCGUCAAGUUCAUCAUCUGCAUGAUAAUUGAUUCCACGUUUUUUUCUUCCAGAUUUAUAUAUUUGUUGAUCAUUGCCUGUACGUUCGUUCUUAUUCCUAUUGAUUCUUACAAGGACAGCGGCAACCGAAGCGCUUGGACCACGUCGUUGCAUAUUUUUUCUCUGACUACUUCUACAUCAGUUCACCAGUGUACUGCGCGAAACGUCUUCUAGGAUCUUGCAUGUCCAGGUUCUUAUUGCAUCACAAAUACAAACAUUAUUGUCAACUUGCGCGGUCGCAAAUGGAAGUAGAAAGAUCAGCAGUCCGCGAAGCGAGUCUCCUGCGAUCCUUUUAAUGCAGUGGCAGCUUUGGCCCAGCUCGGCUAGCAC